UCAAAUUCCCCCUUCCCUCUACACACUCCCAUUUCAUUUUCAUUCUCGUCCAAAGAGCAUACAAGAAACUCUUGAGUUGGUGUCUUCCAUGAUCUUUCAAGUCCAAGCCCUUUCGGAUUUCUUAGAAUUUGAACGAGGUUGCCUCCGACUCCAUCAUGGAACUUGGAUCUACAUCGCAUCAGAAUUUGAAUGCGGUUGCUGCUGAUGGCAUAAAAUCGAAGCGUUCUGAUCCUCAAAAAGUUCAAAGAAAUAGAACCUAUGAUCAUGCAAAUGGAAAAACUUGCCACCAGUGUCGACAGAAAAAAAGGGAUUUUGCUGCUACUUGUAAGAAUUUGAAAAAGGGGAAGCCUUGUACCAUCAAGUUCUGCCACAGCUGCCUCUUGAACUGGUAUGGGGAGAAUGAUGAAGAGGUAGGGCAGUUGGGUGAUUGGAUAUGUAUAAAGUGUAGAAACCUCUGCAACUGUAGUGUUUGUCGGAAAAAGGCUGGUAAAAAACCUACUGGGCAAUUAAUUUAUAAAGCUAGAGAAUUGGGUUUCAAGUGUGUGUCAGAAUUGCUUACCGUGAUGCCUUCUGAAGCUUUUGAUUCAAAUGGGGACAUUGAUGUUGCUGCUUUGCCUUCAAAGGAAGCAAAUAUUGAAAAGGAGCAAAAAUGUGUUGAUAAUUCAAGUUCUGAUAAGGUUAUUAUAAGCAAAGGUGUUUCACAUGUUAAGAAAAUUGAAUCAGAUAAGGAGCUUGUAGUACUUCACUCAAGAGAAUAUGGGAUGGAAAACUCUCUAGAUGGAAACAAUUAUUUAAAGCUUGACCCUUCGAACGCUCAGAAGACAUCAUCACCCAAAAUAUCUAAGAAAACAAAGUCUAAAGAUUUAAAGGAAAUAUCUAAUGGGAAUAAUGUUGAUGGUGCUAGCAAAAAGAAGAGUCUGAAAAGACCUAAAAUUUGCAAACAAGUUCCAUCGGAAGUAUUAAAAGGAAAUACAAAUGAUGACACCAAAGUUUGUGGCAACACUAUAGUUAUAAGUGAUGAUGCUAGUGCUGUGCUUCAAGCAAAAAUAACAUCGUUCCAAACUGUUGGUGUGAACUUAGAGAUAGAAAAAAUUGAAGAGGAAAUUCCUGAUGUGAACUUAGAGAUAGAAAAAAUUGAAGAGGAAAUUCCUGAUGUGAACUUAGAGAUAGAAAAAAUUGAAGAGGAAAUUCCUUUGCCCUCUGGAGUUGAGUUAACAAAAAUAUUAGACAUUGAGUUUCGACCUGAAGAUGUUGGGAAUGCAUUACAAUUUUUAGAGUUCUGUAAAGUGUUUGGAAAGGCUCUUGACCUCAAGGAAAGAGAAGGUGAAGCCAUUUUACAAGAAUUAGUAUGCAAACAAAAUUUGCGUCAAGGACAAAACACCACAACCUUAGUGGUUCAGUUUCAAAUUAGAGUGUUGACUCUGAUACUAAUUGAUUCGGGAAAUGAGUCUCCAUCCUUAACUACUGGCAAUGGAAGUAAUUCAUGGUUGAAACCUCUGGAAGAUUUAAUUACCAAAUCUAAUCUUGUACUCAAAGAUUUUCCCUUGGAUUGGCUUCAAGAAGGCAUUAGUGGAUACUACCAUUUGGAUUUAUCUAAAAAGCUUAUUCUGUUGAAUUUUCUUUGUGAUGAAGCUUUAGGCACAGAGAAACUAAGGAGAUACAUUGAAGAUCAAAAUUCAAUGCAUGCAAAACAAGUAAAAGAAACAAAAUCCAAGGUUGCUGUAGCCAAAGAAAAGGAAAAAAGUCUUAAGCAGAAGUUGCAGAAUGAGAGGGAUAAAGUUGUUACUUCAAAUGUGGCUCCCCUUCUAAUGGAGGAUAUUGAUGCUCUUACAAACAUACAAAGUGAAGUGGUUCAGGCUCAUGCUGAGAUGCUUGAGUUAAAGAGAACAAUUCCUAAAGAGAAACAUAAUUCUGAUGCUAUGAGAACCAAGCCUGAGUUUUUGGACAACAAUGGUCAUGCAUUUUGGAAACUAAAAAGUUACAAUGCUCAUGAUGUUCUGUUGCAAGAUAUUAAAAUAAUGGAUGAAACUGCUACAUCUCCAAAUGAAAAAUGGGUUGUUUAUGGUCCUGAGAAGAAGGUUGAUGUUGACAAAUACAUUUCCUCAAGGGUUAAGAGAUGUAAAAGUCGAAAGAUUUCUCACAUGCUUUACGAUGAAGCAAAUCCAUAGGAUGUUCAUGGUUUUGGUGGUGGUGGGAGUCUUAUUCUCUCCAUAAAAUACUUGUGAGAGUAAACAAAGUACACAUCUUUUGGAUGAUUGAUUGUUUUUAUUGAGUUGAGUGAGUUCCCUCCAUUCUUAGUGUUGCGUACAAAGAAAACUUCAUUGUGAUAAAUAAUCUACAUAUAAGAAGAGUCUCUUGUUUUUUAUGUUAUGAUAAAAAUUUGAAACAUGGGUUCCUUACAUCGUAUUUCAGUGGACUGGUGGACUGGAAGCUUGUGACAUCUUUAUAUUUAUUUUCUAAAUUGUUGGAUUAUUUAUUUUGUAUUUACUUUUGAAUAG